AUAAAGUGUAAAAACCAUUGCCCUUAUUUUACUUGUUAUACUGUGUAAUUAGCAUAUGGUAACAAACUUUCAUGAUGGAAAGAUCCGCAAAUGAAAACCCACCGAGCGAUUAUCCGGUGUCUCAGCAGCAGUUUCAAACUCAGCAGCAGCAACCACCGGCCUUCACUCAGCAGCAACCACCGGCCUUCACUCAGCAGCAGCAACCACCGGCCUUCACUCAGCAGCAACCACCGGCAUUCACUCAGCAGCAACCACCGGCCUUCACUCAGCAGCAACCACCGGCCUUCACUCAGCAGGCAGUUAAUUACGGACAGCCAGGCAGCAAGGAGCAAGCUGGCUACAUACAGCCAGGCUAUGUCGGAGAACCUGGACAUGUUGUUGUAAGUUAAACAUGCUUUACACAGGGCAGGUUAUGGAAAUUACGUUUCUUUUCACACGAUGGGUCGUGACACUAAAUACGUUUAACCAUGAGUGUAAUGUAGACUUGGAGACUUUUCUAACGCAAAACUUUUAAAACUUAAUAAUUUAGUAAUGAGAUAAGAUUUUUAUUUAAAAUUGUAUAUGUGAGUGUUGUACUACUUAUGUGCAAGCUCAUGAUAAAAUCAUUCAUCCAUGACGCUCGGACGCUCUAGCACGUGCGGAAGGUAGCCUUCAACAUGCCAAUUUCGCGGUUGCGCUUCUGAGUAUUAAUAAGAGCCAUAUUGCUUUUUGAACGAAUUGUAUGUUGUCCUGGUGGUAAGAACGCACAAAGAAUGAUGACAUUGAAAUAAUAUUAGAAUUAUACAGCGUUUCACCAUUCAGUGCGUAAAUAAUGAAACCAUACAUGUACCUACCCACGUGCUUAAGCGUCAGAUUGUCACGCUUGAAUAAUUGUAUCGUGGGCUGAAAUAGAUGGCAGUCAACUGAUCACAUAUCCUUUGCACACCUGUAACGUAUUAGAACGUACACGUUUUUCUCUCCUCAAAACAGGGGCGAUUUUUUUUACAGAGAACGACAACAACGUUAUAGAACGCAUACAAAUUUCGUUGUUUCAAAACCUGACCCCAAUUAAGCGUAGGAACCCUGAAACGUUUUUUCUUAUAUAAUACUAUUAUCAAUGUUUGCAAAUGAACAGAAACUUCAUCAAAGACAAAAAUUGAAUAAAGACUGCGACGUUCUAUUGUUCAAUAUACAGUAUGUUGACUAUAAACUUAUCAAAUUAAGUUUCGACCAUUUAUGGUAAAUAAUUGAGAGUUAAAAUCAAUAAAUAUUUAAAUGCUCAAAAUUCAUCUUAAAAAAGCAAAUGAGUGGUAUUUGGAAAACAAUGAUUUUCUGUCGUGUGUGAAAUAAACUUUUUAAUAAGAAAAUUCUGUAUUUCGGAUGUUUAUAUUACAACGAUUUGGCAAAGACGAUCAAAUCAUCCAACGGAUCAUGUGUAAUAUUGUUUAUUGAUCUGUAUUAAAAAAAAAUUAAAUACAUAUUUUGUACGCUACAGAGGUUUAAUUGCUAUUGACAAAGUUCGUAAAAAUACGCUACAGUUCUACUUAGUAUUCUCAUGCACUUCAGUUUUCAGUUGUAUAAAAGCGUACAAAUACGGUAGAAUCCGCUAUGGGGCAUCCCUUUCUAAAACAAAUUAUACCGUAUUCAAGCAGAUAAUUGUUUGAUGAUAAACAACUGUGACGGGUCAAAACGUAUUAUAGGCCCGGUUUUCGUUGUAAACCGUAAAAUGUAUUUUUUUUUAACGCGAAAAUCCGUUACAGUAUUGAAAAUUGAGAAAAACGUGCACGUUUAACAACGUUGUAGUUGUUACCUUUAAAAAAAGCCCCGGUUCUGAGGAGAGAAACAUUGUAAACGUUUUAAUACGCUACAGCGUUUCGCUGCAAAAUUCGACCAGGUGCCUAAAGGAUAUACAAUUUUAAUUCAAAUUGUUUGUCUCAUUCCUGAGGUAUUUAACUUUGAAAAGUGUUGAGUAAGAAAAGAAUGCAACUGUAUUAUAUUGUUCCAAGAUGUUUUUUCAAAGAACGCUACAUUUAAGAUAUUAUUUAAUUUAUUUUGUAACGAGGUUUCUGUCUAAACAUCAAUGCUGCAUAUCUUACAUAUAUUUCAUAUCGCUAGACGUUGCGGAACGUUUUAGCUGGUUGGUCAAAUAUCACCGAAGCCUUUAACACAUGAUUUUUUCCUUCAUCGCAGUGUUUCAGGGGAUCAGCUUAAAGUUGCGAGCUAUAUUUUACAGAAACUGUAACUUAUUUUAGUUUAAUGAUUUAUUAUAAAUAUGUACAUGUUGAUCUGCGUUAUUGAAGAAGCUCACUGCUUAUGCAAAUUACACAAUUCGACGAAAAGUUGCUUGUUUUGUUUUGAAAAUAAUGAACUUAAUGACGACUAUACCCAAAUAUAGUUAACGAAUUAGUUUUAUCCUGCCUCUGUUGCAAACAUUGACCAAAUAAAGCAGGGUCGAAUAAAUGUUCACAUCACCGGUCAACAGGAAGUAGUGUGUUCCUACGCACGCUGUGACGAUUAACAUGUUCUAAUAUUUGACCUUUGCAAUUUAUUGGGACGCAUCAUGAAUGUUAUCGUUAUAUUAUAUAUCAUCUUUUUUUUUUCUUCUUAAAAUAUAUUACCAAACCAGCUUUCCGUACUUAUCAUUUUCAUUUACAUGAUUACGCAAUUUAUGACGUAUCAAGUGUGACG